AUGGACAGGCAGAUGGACAGAGAGGCAGGUCGACCUGAACACAUGGACAUGCUGAUGAAAAUGCGGAUGGGCAUGCAGAUGGACAGGCAAAUGAUGAAAAAUAUGGAGAGACAGGACAGAUGGUUGGACAGACAGGUAGAGGGUACAUCUGGGCUGGCCCUGAAGACGGUGUUUGAAUACCUGUAUGGUAAUCCCACCAUCAUAGCACUGGUCGGUGCACUUUUCUCUGGUCCCAGUGUCUCUGUGGCCGAGGUAGCCGGCUACUGGCAUCUCAUACAGAUCGCCUAUGGCUCCACGACACCGACUUUAUCCAACAGGAAAAAGUUCCCUUACUUUUUCCGCACGAUUUCUUCGGCGAACGACUUCAUCCCAGCUCAGAUUGAAGUUUUGAAGAAAUUUGGUUGGCAAAGAGUCGCGACCCUAAACGAGAACAGCGAACCUUUCGCUAGUGUGACAAACAAACUAAUAUCAACAUUAGAGUUCUCCAACCUGACAGUUUUGGCUUCGGAAAGUUUUAAUUCUGAUCCAGCCGAAGUUAUCAUUAAACUGAAGAAAAAGGAUGCCAGGAUUAUUAUUGGCAAUUUUUUUGAGAGUCAGGCUAAGAAAGUAUUCUGUGAGGCUUAUAAAGUGGGCUUAUACGGACCGGAUUACGUGUGGAUCAUCAAUGGUUACUACACGCCAGGAUGGUGGUACAACCCCUCCACGCCCGUGGGCUGUACCCGAUCCGAGAUGCUACUCGCCACCGAGGGCUACCUCACCGUCGUCUGGUCAAUGAUGAAUCAAGAUGACAGCCAGAUCACCGUGUCCGGGAUGACUCCCGUAGAGUACAGGGACAUUGUCACCCAUUAUUUCGGGAGGAACAUCUGGGUCCCGGGUCAUCAGAUACCCGCCACCAACGCUUACGACGCAGUCUGGACCGUGGCUCUGGGGCUUGAUGCUCUGGUGCAACACCACCCCGAGCUCAAUCUGACCCUAUACAAGUACGACAAGAACAUCAGUGACCUACUUUUUCAGGAGAUAGAAAACGUCCAGUUUGCUGGAAUGUCGGGGCCAGUGUCCUACACUAAGACAGGUGACCGAACAGGCACUCUACUGGUGGAGAUAUUUCACAACGGCACAGAGAGAACAAUAGGUCUCUACAGUAAUGCUCUGUCCUCCCUCGAGAUCUUGGAGAAGAAUGAAGACAUCUGGUGGAGACAAGGUGGAGUUCCGCCUUUGGACGCCGACAACACCCAGGUCGUGGAGAAGCUAAUCGAAGUGUCACGUGUCAUGUUUUACAUCUACUCCGUCCUGGCUGUUUUCGGCAUGAUCCUGGCAUUGGGCUUCCUCUCGUUUAACAUUUAUUUCCGGCACAGAAGGGUGAUCAAGAUGUCCAGUCCUAAUCUGAACAACCUGAUCAUCUGCGGCUGUAUCGGGGCUUAUACUAUCGUCAUCAUGAAGGGGGCCGACAUCUGGCUGGUCGGCUAUACUGGAUUCAAGACUCUCUGUCAGGCUAUUACCUGGAUUUUGUCGCUGUGCUUUACAAUGGCUUUUGGUGCCAUGUUUGCUAAGACGUGGAGAGUCUAUACAAUUUUCACAAACAAGACAUUGAAAAGAAAGGCUAUCAAGGACAGGAGUCUGUUCGGAAUGGUGGCUGUGUUCCUUGGACUAGACCUCGUGACUCUUCUCACGCAGCAACUCAUCGAUCCCAUUUAUCUGAAGAAAGUGGAAAUGCCAGAAUACACGUCAGAUGAUGAGAAGAUUGUCAUUCAGCCAUUAUUAUACGAUUGCGUAUCCAACAAAACCUUAUACUGGACCGUGGCCACUUAUGCAUGGAAAGGAACUCUCCUGAUAUUCGGCAUAUUCCUAACGUGGCAAACAAAAGGCGUCCGCUUAUCCGGCCUGAACGACAGCAGGUAUAUUGGUAUCUGUAUCUAUAACGUGGUGAUAUUUAGCGCUGUCGGCGCGGCUCUGAAUGAGAUGCUCAGCCAGGAGGCGACGAAUCGGUACGCCAUUAUCGGGGCCUUCCUCCUCUUCUGUACAACGUUGACGCUGUGUGUCGUAUUUCUACCAAAGGUGAUCUCGCUGUAUCGCGGGGAAUCCGGUGCGGAAACUCGGUCACAGGGAACUCACGGUUCUUUGACAAUCCGAUCAAAUCAGGUGGCACCAGUGUCCACUAUAGGCGGAGGUCCAGCAUGAGGGUAAGUACAGACCAGGAGGUGACCAAGGGAUGUUAUCAUCCAAACUCAGCUCAACGUCAAUCUCCAGGCAGACAUGCGAAAGGCUUG